ACUGUGAGCAUCAUUAUAUUUAGACACAACAGCCGGGUGACGUUUACCUAUAGAGUUUGUAGGUAUAAAUACAUAUUUUAACUUUUCGUUGAUGAAUGUGUUUAAUGGCUUUGGUUCUAUCUGACACAACAAAGUUUCUGAGAGAAUAUCGACGUCGUGGCAGCUCUCAAAAUAAAACCUGGAAGGGAAACCACACUAGCAAAACAGGAAAAACCUGCUUGGACCUGCUCUCCGGGCAAAGAAGUGAAAUUAUUUGUGGGCUGAUGUGGUUGUGAAUUCAGCAACAUGGAUCAGUGUGAGGACACGGAUGAGGGUGCCCCUCCCUCUGAAACCCCUCUGUGUGGGGAAGUGGACAGCCAGGACUACAUUCAGAGGAUGCAGCAGCAAGAUGAAUCUGAACAUGAACACGAACCAAAGACUCUGUCCUUCAGAAGCAACAAGUCAAAGAACUUUUAUAUCAACUUCAAAUCAGGAAAUCAGUCUUUCUCAGACAGUGUGGAUCAGAAAACUGAAUCUGAAGCUGAACACAGAUGUGAACCAGACGCUGUGUCCUUCAGGAGCAACAAGUCAAAGAACUUUUACAUCAACUUGAACUCUGAAAAUCGUUCUCCACCAGAGAGUUUGGACCAGCAGAGUUCUGAUGCCCCCAGUGGUCAGUCUGCCCAUUACAAUGAGACACAGCUGGACUCCAUAUUUAUGCAAGUGGAGGACAGUAUUUUUACCUUUGUAAAGCAAGAGCUGAAGAAGAUCAGAACGGUUCUGAGCUCAGGUUGCUCAGAAUGCUUUGAAGAUCGAAGGGAGGAUGAGGUCAUGCAGAACCAUGAUGAUGAAGAACAGCGGAAAAGCAGAGAGGCAUUAUUUAACAUCACUCUGCACUUUAUGAGGAAGAUGAAGCACGGGGAGCUGGCUGACAACCUGCAGAGAAAACUUUCUGGCACAAUCAUUCAAGGCAAACUUAAAUCUUCUCUGAAGAAGAAGUUCCAGUGUGUGUUUGAAGGGAUCGCUAAAGCAGGAAACCCAGUGCUUCUGAACCAGAUCUACACAGAGCUCUACAUCACAGAGGGAGGAGGUGGAGAGAUCAAUGAAGAACAUGAGGUCAGACAGAUUGAAACAGCAUCCAGGAAAUCACAGAAAUCAGAAAAAACAAUCAAACGUCAAGAUAUCUUUAAAAGCCCGCCUGGAAGAGAUGCACCAGUCAGAAUGGUGAUGACAAAGGGAGUGGCUGGCAUUGGGAAAACAGUUUUAACACAGAAGUUCACUCUGGACUGGGCUGAAGACAAAACCAACCAGAACAUCCAGUUCAUGUUUCCGUUCACUUUCAGAGAGCUGAAUGUGCUGAAGGACAAAAAGUUCAGCUUGGUGGAACUUGUUCAUCACUUCUUUACCGAAACCAAAGAAAUUUCCUGCUUUGAACAAUUCCAGGUUGUCUUCAUCUUUGAUGGUCUGGAUGAGUGCCGACUUCCUCUGGACUUUAAGAACCAGGAGAUCCUGACAGAUAUUACAGAGUCCACCUCAGUGGAUGUUCUGCUGACAAACCUCAUCAGGGGGAAACUACUUCCCUCUGCUUGCAUCUGGAUAACUACCAGACCUGCAGCAGCCAAUCAGAUCCCUCCUGAGUGUGUUGGCAUGGUAACAGAGGUCAGAGGGUUCACUGACCCACAGAAGGAGGAGUACUUUAGGAGGAGGUUCAGAGAUGAGGAGCAGGCCAGCAGGAUUGUCUCCCACAUUAAGACAUCAAGGAGCCUCCACAUCAUGUGCCACAUCCCAGUGUUCUGCUGGAUCACUGCUACGGUUCUGGAGAACAUGUUGGAGAACAGAGAGGGAGGAGAGAUGCCCAGAACCCUGACUGAGAUGUACAUCCACUUUUUGGUGGUUCAGACAAAGGUCAAGAAAGUCAAGUUUGAUGGAGGAGCUGAGACUGAUCCCCACUGGAAUCCAGAAAACAAGAAAAUAAUAAAGUCUCUGGGAAAACUGGCUUUUGAUCAGCUGCAGAAAGGAAACCUGAUCUUCUAUGAUUCAGACCUGAUAGAGUGUGGCAUCGAUAUCAGAGCAGCAGCAGUGACUUCAGGACUGUUCACACAGAUAUUUAAAGAGGAGAGAGGGCUGUACCAGGACAGGGUUUUUUGCUUUGUCCAUCUGAGUGUUCAAGAGUUUCUGGCUGCUCUUCAUGUUCAUCUGACCUACGUCAACUCUGGUGUCAACCUGAUUGAUGAAAAUCACAGUUCCUUGUUUUGGUUUAAAUUAUUUAACAAACUGCAUCUAGAAUAUCUUCACCAGAGUGCAAUUGACAAGGCCUUACAGAGUCCAAAUGGACAUCUAGACUUGUUCCUCCGCUUUCUCCAGGGUCUGUCCCUGCAGACCAAUCAGAGUCUUUUAAAAGGCCUCCUGAAACAGACAGGAAGUAGAUCACUAACCAGCCAUGAAACAGCUGAUUAUAUCAGAAAUAAGAUCAAAGAGAAUCCGUCUACAGAGAAAAGCAUCAAUCUCUUCCACUGUCUGAAUGAACUAAAUGAUCAUUCUCUGGUGGAGGACAUCCAAAAGUCUCUGAGUUCAGGGAGUCUUUCCACGGAUAAACUGUCUCCUGCUCAGUGGUCAGCUCUGGUCUUCAUCUUACUGUCAUCAGGAGAGCUGAAGGAGUUUGACCUAAAGAAAUACUCUGCUUCUGAGGAGGUUCUUCUGAGGAUGCUGCCGGUAGUCAAUGCUUCUCAUAAAGCUUUGUUGAGUGGCUGUAAUCUGUCAGUGGGAUGCUGUGAAGCUUUAUCCAAACUUCUCAGCUCCCAGUCUUCAAGUCUCAGAGAGUUGGACUUAAGUAACAACGACCUAAAGGAUUCAGGAGUGAAGCUUUUAUCUAUUGGACUGAAGCAUCCAGGCUGCAAACUCACCGGUCUUUACCUGUCAGGCUGUUUGAUCACAGAAGACGGCUGUUCCUCUCUGGCUUCAGCCCUGAGCUCCAACAACUCCCGUCUCAAAACGUUGGAUCUGAGGUACAAUAAUCCAGGAGACUCAGGUGUAAACCAGCUGUCAGCUGGACUGACAGAUCCACAAUGGCACCUCGAUACUCUCAGGCUGGAACCUGCUGGAGUCCAGUGGAUGACACCAGGUCUGAGGAAAUAUUCUUGUCAACUCACGAUCGAUCCAGAAACUGUAAACCAAGAACUUCAACUCUCUGACAACAACAAGGAGGUGACACACGUGAAGGAGGAGGAAGCAUUCCCUGAUCAUCCAGAAAGAUUUGAAGGUCGCUGGCCUCAGCUGCUGUGUACAGAUGCUCUGAGCGGCCGCUGUUACUGGGAGGUUAAGUGGAGUGGGAUUGUUUAUAUAUCAGUGAGUUACAGACGAACUGAAAGGGAAGAAAACAAUGAAAAGUCUGUAUUUGGCUGGAAUGAUCAGUCAUGGAGUCUGGAAUGCUCUAACCGUGAUGGCUACGCUGUCUGGCACGAUGACAGAAAGACAUCCAUCACAUCCUCGUCCCCCAACUCUUUACUGUCCUUCAUGAGUUCCUCCUUCUCUGUCGCUAGGAAAGUAGCAGUGUAUGUAGACUGUGAUGCUGGCAUCCUGUCCUUCUACAAAGUGUUAUCUGGAAAACCGAUCCACCUCUACACCUUCAACACCACAUUCAAGGAACCCCUUUAUCCUGGAUUUACCGUCUGGCCUGGUUCCUCGGCGUGUCUUCUUUGAGAGCAAAGAAUUUCCUCCUCUCAGACAAACAGAUUGUUCAGUGUGUAAAUAUUUAUUAUUUAGUUAUUAUUGUUCUGUUCAUGUCAAAUGAAGUUGUUUUGCUGCACUUCUAAUAAACUGUGUGAGACUAGAAAUGCACCACAGGCAAAAAUGAAGAAAGGGCAGGACCAAGAUUGUGACCUGGGACACCCCUACAUUGUGAAGUGUAGGGGUGUCCCACACAC